AUGGGUUCAAAACCAAAAAUAACACAUGUGAUCUUUGAUUUGGAUGGUGUAUUGAUUGACUCAGAGCGUGUUAACUUCCAAAUAUAUCAGAAAAUUUGGAGCAAAUAUGGGAAAAUUUUUACGCCUGAACUAAUGCUUCGAAUCACAGGGACACCAAUUUCAAACAGUGCACCAUUUCUCAUUCAACAUUUUAAUAUGGAUGGACAACUUUCAACUGAGGAAUACCGUAAACAGUAUAAUGCGCUAGCCGAUGAACUUUUGGCUAAAUGUCCGCUUGUUCCUGGUAUUAUGCGAUUAGUACGACAUUUAGCGAAGCAUAAGAUACAUAUGGCAAUAUGUACUAGUUCGAAUAAAAUCGAGUUUGAUGCAAAGAUGGCUAUGCAUAAGGAAUUACUCGAUUUGUUUUCUUUAAUUGUUUUGGCUGGAGGUGAUCCAGAAAUUAAACGUGGAAAACCAGCUCCGGAUCCAUUUUUGGUUACAAUGAAUCGAUUCAAAGAAAGAGUAGAAAGUGCUGCGAAUGUUUUGGUAUUUGAAGAUUCAGCAAAUGGUGUUCGGGCAGCCAUUGCUGCUGGUAUGCAAGUUGUUAUGGUUCCCGAUAUGUCAUAUAUGAAACCACCCGAAGAAGUGAUCGACAAAAUUGGGUGUAUUUUGAAGAAUUUUGAAGAAUUUAAACCGGAAAGUAUGGGCUUACCACCGUACGAUUGAAAUACUGCUGAAUUCUUCGGUGAAGUUUCCGAU